AUUCCAAUAGCACUGCACACGCAUCAACACGCAUAUCAUACGCAUCAAUCGUAUCUAAAGUAUGCGCAGACAGUAUAAUAACUAUGUAGAUAAAGAUGGCGAUUAAUGCGUCGGCUUUGACACGUGCACAGAACUUCCGAUCAGGCUAUCUCCAAUCUCUGGGGGUUACUAGCGUACAAGUGAAGGAUUCGUUGGAGCUGAUACUAUCGCAUGAUACUAUCGAUCCAAGCCAGUUCUCCCUGUUGGUGCAGCAGUAUGGUAUCCCCAGUAUCUACCGCAUGCUCGUGUGGAAGCUUCUGCUGGAUCUACUGCCGCACUGCAAGGUGGACUGGCAAUUCUCCGAGUGUCAGCGCUACGAACAGUUUGAAUCCAUGCAUCGCUUGGUUUGUAUUCUAAAUGGCCAACAACUGGGUGCUCCCGGCGCCUCGACGGAGCUGACCCCUGCACUGCUGACAGCCAUGUGUUUGCUCACAACCAAGAACGAUGGCCGCCUCGGAGUGAUUUCCCGCCACACUGCAGAGCUAGAACAUGCGACCUUGAUAGCAUCGAACUUCCUCGAGAUAUGCGACAGUGAUGUUGACGCAUACUGGCUAUGUCUACGCUUCCUAACGAUCAACGAGCUAAUAUUGCAGUCCAAAGAACGGCUGGUUUCCGCCGACGUCUACUUCAUUCGCUUGCGUUCUCGGAUCGAUGAAGCUCUGCGCCCGCUCCUCGAAAGUUUGGCCUCUAUCGUAAAGCAUGCUGAUCCGCAGAUACAUGCUCGCCUGUUAGGACUGGAAGUGCGCUAUGACGAAUUUGCCGCAGGAUGGUUACGGUGUAGAUUCGCUGGCCUGUUUCCACCAUUUGCGCUCGAGCGUAUCUGGGACCGGCUUAUCGCAGAUAGAACCAACUCCAUGUGCGUGUUCGUAUCUGCAUCAAUCCUCAUCAAUGCCAGGUCAUCCUUGUUGAGCAAGCGGACAAAAGUCGACGUUCUGGCUUUUCUUACCAAGUUGCCAGAAUGUAGUAUCGAUCGAGUUCUCGAGAGGGCCGCUAGGAUGCCGAGAAACCAUAUGACAGACCAGCCGACCAGCUGAUAGGGCGGCUCGAAAGCAAUCUAUGUCCUCUUCGCGAAAGUGACUGGUAUUGCUGUGAGAGAGCUGUGCAAAAAAAUAGUAAUAAAGAUGAACAAUUUUGACUUCAA